AUGGCAGAUACGGUCACGAAUCAUAAGAAUGAUCCUAGUGGCAAGACGCCUCAUACCGCGGUCGACGCGGCAUCGGUUGACCAUGGAGUCGAUGGUGCUUCAGAGGGUAAAGUCGAUAUCAAAGAGGAAAGAGAGUUUCUCUGGAGACUUGAUUUAGGUCUCCUAACCAUCGGGUUCCUGGGAUAUGUGUUCAAAUACCUUGAUCAAAUCAAUAUUAAUAACGCAUAUGUCUCGGGGAUGCAAGAUGACCUGAAGCUUUACGGAAAUGAGCUGAACUAUUUCACGACAUAUUUUAAUAUUGGAUAUAUGAUCAUGCUCUUCCCUUCCUGUAUCCUGGUCUCUUAUAUCGGCCCUUCUAUUUGGCUGCCUGCCUGCGAGGUUCUCUGGGGCGUGUUUACAUGUUGUUUGUCAGUCGUGACAAGUGCAGAGCAGGUCUACGGUCUUCGCUUCCUCAUCGGGUUCUUCGAGGGCGUUGCCUGGCCUGGUUACUAUACUAUCAUUAGUCAGUGGUAUCUCCCACAUGAGCUGGCCCUCCGCAUGAGUAUCUACAACAUUGCGCAACCGGUCGGUGCAAUGCUGUCUGGCGCUAUGCAGGGAGCCCUGUCUACUAACCUCAAUGGCUCACUCGGUCGCGCUGGCUGGCGUUGGGCUUUUAUCAUUAAUGGUAUCUGUACAAUAUUUGUUGCUCUACUGGCAUUUAUCAUUCUUCCUGGUUACCCAGAACGUCCAAAUCCGUUAACAAAGUUCUACCUCAAGCCUCGACACAUAGAAAUUGCUCUGGCGCGCGGAAGACGCGUUGGACGAAAGCCCCAACGGGGAAUCACGGUUAAGACCUUCUUACGAACCUUCAGGAUAUGGUUUUACUGGGCUAUUGUCCUGUCCUGGCCCAUCGGAAGUAAUACUGUGCCGACUCAGUACUUCAACCUGUGGUUAAAAUCUCUAACGAAUCCCGACGGGUCUGCUAAAUAUUCUGUGGCGAUGCUGAACUAUCUUCCUAUUGCUGGCCAAGCCAUCCAGCUCGUCGCAGAAGUUGUAUUCAGUGGACUUAGCGAUAAGUUUGGACGAUUUCCAUUCUUACUUGUUCAUUCGACUAUCAACAUUACAUCCCUUGCCAUACUGAUAGUCCGCCCCGAAAACGAACAAGCACAUAUGGCUGGAUAUUACCUGAACUAUGUAGGAGCUGUCUCCCUAAUGCUCCUCUGCUCAUGGGCCUCAACACACCUAGAGCACGAGCCAGAAGCGCGCACAAUCCUAUUCGCAAGCGGCACGAUCAUCUCAUACGCACUCAACGCAUUCGUCCCCAUUGCUGCGUUUCCGGCCUCCGAGGCGCCGCAUUGGCGCAUUGGCGCGAAACUGUAUAUGGGGUUUGCGGUUGUGGCGCUGUUCAUGUUUGUUGGGACAUAUCUUGGGUUUAGACGGGAUGAGAAGAGAAAAGGGACUCGGCAGGAACAGGCGGAAUCCUGA